CGGAACAUUAGUGCGCGGAACGUUCGAGUCGCGGCGCCGCGCUCCCGCCGGAGCUGUUCGCGGCCGGACCGGUCCCCCGGCGGCAGAGUCUCUCCAGCCCGGCCGUGCUGGCAGGAUGCUGCUCCCCCUGCUCUUCCCCCAGCUGUGCCGGCCCCUCCGCUGCCUCCUGCGGGACCUGUCCCGCUGCACACGGGACGGGAGGAGGGCUGGCUGUCCCCACAGGGCUCUGCACACAGCCUGGGCCACCUGCAGCAGCGACAUCACCCCUGUGUUCACCAGGGCCCUGGCUUUUGGGGACAAAGUGGCCAUCGUUGACCAGAACGGGGAGCACACGUACAGGGAGCUGCUGAGCCGGAGCCUCCGCCUGUCCCAGGAGAUCUGCAGGCUCCUGCAGUGCCCCAGCAGGGACCUGAAGGAAGAGAGGAUCUCGUUUCUGUGCCCCAACGAUGCCUCCUACGUGGUGGCCCAGUGGGCUUCGUGGAUGAGCGGGGCCAUAGCGGUGCCCCUGUACAGGAAGCACGCGCUGCCCGAGCUGGAGUACGUGAUCCAGGACUCCCAGAGCGCCCUGCUCAUCGCCGCCGACGAGCUCCUGGGCAAAAUAACCCCCAGUGCCCAGAAACUGGGGGUCCCUGUGCUGCCACUCCCCAGGCCUGGUGGUGGUGGUGCAUCCACGAGCCCUGCGGCCACGGAGGAGGGGCCCUUGCCAAGCUGUUCCUCGUGGAAGGACAGAGGAGCCAUGAUCAUCUACACCAGCGGGACCACGGGGAGGCCCAAGGGUGUCCUCAGCACCCACGAGAACGUGCAGGCUGUGACCACGGGGCUGGUUGAGAAGUGGGAGUGGAAGAAGGAGGAUGUGAUCCUGCACGUGCUGCCUCUGCACCACGUCCACGGGGUGAUCAACAAGCUGCUGUGCCCGCUGUGGGUGGGAGCCACGUGCGUCAUGUUCCCGGAAUUCAGCGCGCACGCGGUGUGGAAGAAGCUCCUGAGCUCCCAAGCUCCCCGAGUCAAUGUGUUCAUGGCAGUGCCCACCAUCUAUGCCAAGCUGAUGGAAUAUUACGACGAGCAUUUCACCCAGCCCCAGGUGCAGGAUUUCGUGCGUGCCUUUUGCCAGGAGAACAUCAGGUUAAUGGUGUCAGGCUCAGCAGCCCUGCCUGUGCCUGUCCUGGAGAAGUGGAAGAGCAUCACGGGGCACACCUUGCUGGAGAGGUACGGGAUGACUGAGAUUGGGAUGGCGCUUUCUAACCCUUUGCAUGGAGCCCGUGUCCCAGGUUCCGUGGGCACCCCGCUGCCCGGCGUGGCAGUGCGCAUCGCCAGCGAGACGCUGAGGGACGGCGCUCGGUGCUACACCAUCCACGCCCAGGGCGAUGAGAACUGCACUCAGGUGACCCCGGGCCUGGAGGGACAGGAGGGGGAGCUGCUGGUGAAGGGCCCCUCGGUGUUCCGUGAGUACUGGAACAGACCCAAGGAGACGGCGGAUGCCUUCACGGCCGACGGAUGGUUCCGGACAGGAGACACAGCAGCAUACAAGGAUGGAGUGUACUGGAUCAAGGGCCGCACCUCCGUGGACAUCAUCAAGAACGGGGGGUUCAAAGUCAGCGCGCUGGAGGUGGAGCGUCAGCUCCUGGCACACCCCCACAUCACAGACGUGGCGGUGAUCGGGCCCCCGGACGCGGUGUGGGGCCAGCGGGUCAGCGCCGUGGUGAGGCUGCGCCGGGGGGAGAUGCUCUCCGUCAGGGACCUCAAGGACUGGGCCAGGGACACCAUGGCUCCCUAUGCCAUCCCGACAGAGCUGAUCGUGGUGGAGGAGAUCCCGCGCAACCAGAUGGGCAAAGUCAACAAGAAGGAGCUUCUGAAGCGAUUUUACCCAGCCUAGUGCCCCCCCGGGGGGGCUUGGCCCUGAUCCACGGCCGUUCUGCCCCUGAGGAGGAGCCAAGGGAUCAUCCCUGGCAGCUCUGGGCUCACUGCAGCCUCGUCCUUGAAUAGUGCCCAAUAAAAGUAGGAUUUGUCCCUCCUGGCUGAGCUGAGCCACAGCUGCAGAGUUAGGGUGUCCUUGAGGGGAGCCCUGUGCAGGAAUCACAGAAUCAUAGAACGGUUUGGAUUGGAAAGGACCUUAAAGUCCAUCCAGUGGCACACCCUGCCAUGGGCAGGGACCUCUUCCACUAGCCCAGGGUGCUCCAAGCCCCAUCCAACCUGGCCUUGGAUGCUGCCAGAGAUGGGGUAGCCACAGCUGCUCUGGGCACCUGUGCCAGGACCUCUCCAUCCUCACAGGGAGUGAUUUCCCAGCAGAAAUAAAGAAUAAAUCCAAAAUCACACAUAAAUACUGACUGUAUUAUCCGCCACCACCAAGUGAUCCCAGGGCACUGUUGAUCAAUCAAUCCCACCUUUCUCAUGGAAGUUUGUCCUGUUUGGCUCCACACGUGAGCUGCCAGCCCCAGGGGGUCGGUGAUGCCAGUGGGGGACAGCAGCCCCCAACCAGCGCGUCCAUCUGCUCUGGUCCUGAGUGCUGAGGCAGCUCCAGCUUUCCCAGCAGCUGAUGGGGCUCUGGAAGCACCAGGGAGGGCAGGAGGAACAAGGAGCGCCAGUAAUUACAGGGAUUCCUUUGUUAGGGUCGCUAGAGCCCCAAAAAUCUGGGAGGACACGGAGGGAACCAUGGCAGGCACAUGGUGCUGGGCAGAGCAGGCAGGGAGGGGCUGGAAAAAGGGGAUGUGGAUGGGGACAAGCUUUCUCCAGCCCACCUGCACAGGGGUCUGGCCACAGCCCCGCUCUGUCCAUCCCAACACCCUGCCCACAGUGGCAUCUCCUGCAUUUCUGCACUUCAGGCUCAAAAGGACUUGAGGUGGGGACACGGGGGGCACGCAGAGCUCCCGAGGCAGCUCUCACUGUCCCACCUGGCGGGCAUAGGGACACGCACACGUGUGCAGCCCAGCACCAGGGAGGGCCCGAGCCGAUCCUUUGUUAAAACAUCAACGAUGCAGUAAAUUUCUUAACUUACCAAAUAGAUCAAUAUCAAAUUAUCAUGUCUCGCAUUCAUAACUCUUAAGCAAGCAACAAUGGAGAGAGACAAGGUCACUGGAGAAUAAAUAGCAGCAAAAGCUCUUAAUGAUCUAUCAUUCUCGACAAGCCCGGGCACCCCGCACCAGCC